GGCUUUGAUUAAGUCACCCUGAUUGAAAUAUUUUGUCAGAAAUUGCUAGAAAGGAUAUGUUCAGUGUAACUGACAAUUGAUUCUGUAAUUUUACCUCGGUGUUUAAUGAGAAAUACAUCCUGAUUGUUCCACGCUACGCUGUAUAAGUGUCAGUCAAGCAAUUAUUUAUCGACGAGUUGUCACACACCGUAAUGUAAUGAAAACUAAAUUAACUUAAUUGAUAUUAAAUCGGAGAUUUUCUUUCUAAAUAAUUUAAAUUAACAAACCCUUUCUAAAUAUAAAACAAAAUCGGAUGAAUAACACACAAAAUUUUCAAAUGGAGUAAUGUUAUUGAAGAAAAACACAAGUUAAUGUGAGAUACUGUGCUGCAAGUCAUAUUUCUGGAUUAAAUCAUAAUGGCCCCAGUUGACACUAGUCUAUUGUCAACUACUAUCAUACUGUUAGUUAUCAUAAUUCGUAUAUUCCAAGUAUAUUCCGAAAUCACAACUGGAGUUGCAAAACGGAGAACUAACUUAGAUGAUAAAAUUUCGGACUUUCGUAUGUUGUGGGAAUUUAACAGAAAGGGAACGCCAUUAUGUAUUGGAGAAUGCUCUCGGGAUGAAAGAUGUGCAAGUGUGUUUUAUAACAAAAUGACCGGACAUUGUCAAGGCCAUUCAAUAACAUUUGGUGACCCACUAGCCAUUACAGAUAGUCCAAAUUACCGCUACUAUCUACGGCCACACGGAGAAAAUUACAUCGGAGACUCUUGCUUGGAUAGCAACGAGUGUGUGACUGUUAAUUCGGAAUGUCGGACAGGGAUUUGCCAGUGUAUACCUGGAUAUAGUUUCUCCCCCAAAACACACGAAUGUAAAGAAUGUACAAACUAUGGAAACGAUUAUUGGGAAAUCAUGGAUCAUUAUAUCAGCAAGAAAAAUAUGGAGACCUUCGAUGGCUUAACUUUACAAGAGUGUUUUAACCUUUGUAAUUCACGCACGGACUACACGUGUGUUUCAUUGGAGUACGGACGAGCUACGCAAGUGUGUUAUUUGGCAAACAUUACAGUUUUACAAUACCCGGAACGUUGGUAUCACGAUUCAGUUCAAACUUUUGUGAUCGCUUACUAUCAAAGAGAUUGCGAGUAACUCGAUAUAUAUCACAAAAUAUAGUUUUCAUGCAAGAUAUGGAACACAAUAUCGUUUUCCCCUUAUCAAGAAUAUCAUAUUAUUUAUCCUUAUAUCUUCAAUUGCAGCGAAUAGGUCCUUCACGAUACCCCUUACAAAGUUAUCCAAUACAGCAAUGCUAUGGCAUAUCUAUACAGUCAUCAAUCUCGGACAUUGACUACUAAGGCCUUAAUUACCUAUUCCUGCCAGCGAUGGCACAAAGUCAAUAAAAACAGGUUUAUCUUUGUAGGAAGAUAGUUCACUUUUAACAGAUAACCAAUUGCUGAAACUGAUAAUACUUUCCAGUCCUUUACAAAAUUUCGAUUCUAUUAACAACAUGAUAGAACUUAAUCAAGACUGAGUUCGAGAGUGGGUCAUUAUGAUUGUUAUGCAGUGGUCAAUUAAUUUAACAAUUGAACAAACAUUUUACAAUUUUCUGCUUCAACCCUUCGGAAUGUUUUUCUUAAGAAAUAUAAAGUUUCAGAUGUUUAAUCAAAUUUUUAAAUGCUUCAACAUAGUCCUCCUUAUAGGUAUACUUUUCAAUCACUGAAAAAGAUCCAAAUCCAUCUCUUCUCUUGAAGCGAUGACCAGCAAUAUGGUUUUUUUGUCAAGGAAAGAAGAAAGUCACAGGUACCAAGUAGUGAGAAAACGAUGGAUAUAGUCAAACUUCAUUAAAGUGUGUUCGAUUUUUCUUAACACGACGCCUCUAUGAUACUUAGAUGUGAUAGAACGGCCUCUAGAACAGGAAUUUGGACAUCAUUUCUACGAGUAUAGAAAAAACUUAAAUAACUUUUUUGAUGUUUGACAAUUGCUUGUAAAUGCAUGGUCGACGGACAGUUUUUGUGAAAUCUUUUUGUUAUAGAUGUUAGCAAAUAAGGUAUCCAUCUGGCAGUAAUUCGCCUAACUUUCAAGCGAUUCUUCAAAAUCGUACGAGAUAUCCCAGCGAUAUAGGCUAUCUGAGUAAAUGAAAGUCUGGCAUCUUUGUCAAUGCUGAGUUUGACUUUAUGAAUGUUUUUGUCGUUAUCAGAAUUGCAGGAAUUUUCAAUUCACUCAUGCCCUUUUUUGAAUGUGUGCAUCAACCUCGAAACAGUUGCAUUAGAUACUUCAUUGGUACCUUGAAUAUUACAAAUAUCAUUAUAAACAUUUUAGCAUAUUUUCCUAGUUUUACCCGAGCUUUAAUGUAAGUCCGUAUUUCAGCACUUUUAACUGAGCGUUUACUAGCCAUUAUUUACAUAAAGUUACCCGUGCAAGGUAUUUUCAAUGUGAAUAAAAUUCUUAAUCGAUAGACUGCCCACAUGAUUCUAGUAUUAUUUGAAAUCAGAUGUUUUGAAGCAUAUCAUACCUUACAAAAACACAAGAAUCACGAGCUAAAUUAGAAAAUAUACAUUAUAUUGCGUUACAUAUUGACUCACGCUUGAACAACCACUUUACUAGUAUACAUGUAUAAUAUUACAUUCAAAAGUCAAUUAUAAUGCAAAUUCGCAAAUUUGUAAAUAAAAAGAUCACGUCUAAAGUUACGACUGUUAUUGAUUCUAUGUAGCAAUGCAUUAUUUGUAUAGGUCAUUCAUCCAAAGUCGCACGACAUUUUCUAUCAAAAGUCUUUAAAAACGUGUUGUUAAAUGACAUAGAUACACAUUUUUCUUACAAAAUACAUAUAUACCUUUUUGACCACAUGCAGUGUAUAAAGUAUCAAUUUAAAAGAAGUUGUGUUCAAGACGGAUAUAGGUCUACAGAGAGUAGGUUCUCUUGCAGUUGCAGAUAAAAUUUAAAUGCGACCGCUGACUGAAAUAAUUAAGCCAAUCACUUCAUGAUGCAAAUACAUUGAAGUUGCAUUUUACAACACAUUCAAACUAGAUUUACGACAGAAGUGCGUGUUUUUAUUACCGGAAAUGUGCAGUUAUCUAUGUAGAUUGGUAAUCAAUAGGCGUUUUAAUCAAAGAAAACUAUUUUAUCUAAAUAAAAUGUGAAAACGUCGAUUUCAAUCACAUCUGUUUUCCCCUAAACAAUGCUGAAACUGCCGCCACAUUACGAUGAUAGCUGUUUAUAGCCAUUUCAACUUCGAAGAGAAAAUUGACAUAUUAAAAUGUUUAAAAUCCAAUUACGGUAGAUAAUUUAAUGUUGAUUUUUUUUAUAGUUUGUAUUUCUAUGACAGUCACACUGUUAAACAAUUUAGAAUAAAACCCUCUACAAACUGAAGUGUUUUCAUAUUGGAAAGUGAAAAGAAUAUUUUGUAUUUCAAAAUAUAAGUCACAUUGCAGAACAAAUGCCUAUUGCUAAUGAGUGAUAUUUUACUUAUAUCUAAAAAGUGUCUUGUUGAUCUAUAGCGUCAUUAUUUCUCAAACAUAUAAUGGCUGAAUCUUG